CCCUGACUGGGAUAGCUUUUUUUCCUUUUUAGCUCGUGCACACUUGGACAUGUAAUUGGAUCCUUACUUCUCGUGAGACACGUAAAGCGUCAGUUGUUGUCAAGGGUGACCGAGGCCAGCGCUGCGGGAAUUUAAGGCUGCAUUCAGCAUCUCCUCGACGUUUCAUGAAUGCUGUACUGACUGUGGCGCGCGCCCGGCUACAUUCAUGGCUCGCGAACACGCAUAUGGAAGGCGUGGAGUUUGGGUUGUGAAGGGGGUGGGGGACAAACGGAAGGGGACGUACAGGAAAGGAAAGGGCCGCACAUACACGUCACGGGGGACACACACAAAAAAAGGGCAAUGUUUAAAUCCAACAUUUAUUUAUCCCCUCAUGUUCUUUUUAUGUUCGUGAAGCUUUAGCAGUUUUCGAUGCAACUUCCUCUCCUCGGCCAUCGGUGAGUGCUGUGCGUCGUCAGCGUCUCAGCCCACAGAGGAGGGCUGACACUGUCACACAGACACUCAACUUCCCGUCAACACACAGCACAGGCGAAACGAGCUGCUGCUGCCGCUGACAAAAAGGGGAACGACAUCGGGGUUUUGUCAAGAGGAGAGGACACACUUCACGAGGCUUCUGGGCAGAGAAUCGGAGCCGUUGUCCUCCAGCUGAGCAGGGCGAGCAGAGUCAGGUCUGUGCUCAGCUAAUUAGCCUGCGUGGGUCCCUGCAGAGAGACAGCAGUACAGCUAGCUGCAGCACACGGCGGCUGCACAGGGUGUGAGUGACUUCUUCUAGCCAUAAUCGGGGUUUUCAUCUAACAAAACUGAUGUUAAGUCCACUGAUGGGAGCCUUUAUGCGAUAGCCAUCCCUCCCUCCCUCAACCCCCUGUCGGACCCUGGCUUGGAUUCGCCACUCGGGCGCUGUCCUCGCCGGGGGGUGCCGGAUCACCAUCGCCCGGUCCAGCUAACGCCAGGCGGCGGUUCGGUCCCACUGACCCCCGCCCUGCCUCGCCUGUCUGCCGUUCUGGCCAACCUUUGCCGAGCUCGAACAUGGCAGGGAACCUGAAGAAAGGCGGAGGACUCAUCGGUAUGAUGAAGGAUGCCUUCCAGCCACACCAUCACCACCUCCACUCCCAUCACCAGCCCGGGGCCGUGGACAAAAAGACAGUGGAAAAAUGUUGGAAACUGAUGGACAAGGUGGUGCGCCUGUGCCAAAACCCCAAAUUGGCCCUGAAGAACAGCCCCCCUUACAUCCUGGACCUGCUGCCAGACACCUACCAGCACCUGCGCACCAUCUUGUCUCGCUACGAGGGCAAAAUGGAGACUCUGGGAGACAACGAGUACUUCCGAGUCUUCAUGGAGAACCUCACCAAGAAGACCAAGCAGACCAUCAGCUUGUUUAAGGAGGGAAAAGAGCGCAUGUACGAGGAGAACUCCCAACCCAGGCGAAACCUCACCAAGCUGUCGCUGAUCUUCAGCCACAUGCUGGCCGAGCUGAAGGCCAUCUUCCCCAACGGUCUGUUUCAGGGUGACAACUUCCGCAUCACCAAGGCCGACGCGGCAGAGUUCUGGAGACGCGCCUUCGGGGACAAGACCAUUGUGCCUUGGAAGAUGUUCCGUCAGUCUCUCCAUGAGUUUCAUCCCAUUAGUUCCGGACUGGAGGCCAUGGCUCUGAAGUCCACCAUAGACCUCACCUGCAACGACUACAUCUCUGUGUUUGAGUUUGACAUCUUUACCAGGCUAUUCCAGCCUUGGUCGUCCCUGCUGCGGAACUGGAACAGCUUGGCAGUUACUCACCCGGGGUACAUGGCCUUUCUCACCUACGAUGAGGUCAAAGCACGGUUACAGAAGUUCAUCCACAAGCCUGGCAGUUACAUCUUCCGACUGAGUUGUACACGGCUGGGCCAGUGGGCAAUAGGCUACGUGACGGCAGAUGGAAACAUACUCCAGACCAUUCCCCACAACAAACCUCUGUUCCAGGCCCUCAUAGAUGGCUUCAGGGAAGGAUUCUAUUUAUUCCCUGACGGCCGAACCCAAAACCCAGACCUGACAGGACUGUGUGAGCCUUCGCCUCAAGACCACAUCAAAGUCACACAGGAGCAAUAUGAGCUGUACUGUGAGAUGGGCUCCACUUUCCAGCUGUGUAAGAUCUGUGCCGAGAACGACAAGGAUGUGAAGAUUGAGCCCUGUGGUCAUCUCAUGUGCACAUCAUGUCUCACUGCCUGGCAGGAAUCAGAGGGUCAGGGUACAGGCUGUCCUUUCUGUCGCUGUGAAAUUAAGGGUACAGAGCCCAUUGUUGUGGAUCCUUUCGACCCUAAGGACAACAGUGGGGGCUCCUGCAGGGGCCAGUUUGGAGCUGAGGGUGCACCGUCACCCAGCUACGAUGAUGAUGACGACGACAGACUUGAAGACCCCCACCUUAUGAUGAGCAAACUUGCCUGUUCAAAGGUGGAGCGCCCUCCUUCACCCAUGUCCAUGGCUCCUCAGUCCUCUCUUCCACCUGUGCCGCCCAGGCUCGACUUGCUACCACACAGACCUCCCAACCCCCCUGGUGCCUCCAGCCCUGGGGUCACCACAAAGGCAGCAUCACACCACAAAGACAAGCCUCUGCCUCUCCCGCCAGCACUGAGAGACCUCCCUCCUCCUCCCCCUCCUGACCGCCCCCACACAGCAGGGGCCACCCCAGACGGACGGCUGCAGAGGCGGCCCUUACCCUGCACUCCUGGGGAGCCCGUUCGAGACAAGCUCCCCCCUGCACCUCCUAACCGGCCUCUAGCUGACUGGAACUCCCGGCCUGUCCCCAAGGCUCCAACCUCCUCUUCAUCCUCAUCCUCCUCCUCCUCCUCAACCACCCAGGUCUCCAGUCUGGGACUGGACAUUCGAGCAGGUGUCAGGGAACUCUCCAACAGACACUCCCUCCCCCUGGCACUGCCCUCUGCUCUGGACACACGGCCCGACUCACAGAAGAACAACAGCUCCCUCAGUCUAGACCACCAGCUGAACUUGGCUGCAAUGGCUGGUCAAGAUUAUGAAAGCCCCAAAGUCAAGCCCUCCUCCUCAGCCAACGCCAUCUAUUCACUUGCAAUCAGACCGUCUCCCGCUCCGAGGCUGGUGUCAGGAGAGGAGGCAAGAGACAGUGAGGAGGAGUCAGAGUACAUGAUCCCCUCCUCCCGCCCCGUCCUGCCCUCCAUCACACCACCUACACCUGUUGUGGAGACUCCACCAGUCCCAAGGCCUCCACAGCCUCAGCCUUUAUCUGCACUCCAGACUCAGGCCCAGACCUCCACACACAACUCAAUGCUGACACUGGCUGAGUUGGAGGAUGGACCUCAGAUGUAUGAAGCCAUGUACAACAUCCAGUCCAGGUCACAACAGGCCAGAGAUUCAGACUAUUCAGAGUUACCCCCUACGACACUGACAAAUGGUCCCAGAGAUCAGGCAGCGGAGGACAGGGAAGAGGAGGAAAACGGCUACGACCUCCCCAAACCUAGGCUGCCCAUGCCCCCAGCAAGACGAACCCUUUCAGAAUUGGGGGGAUCAUCUUCCUCAUCAUCAUCUUCCUCAUCCUGCUCAUCCUCCACAGCUGCUUUCAGCCGCCUUUCUCUGGAUUCAGACACCGUAGCUGCAGGAUCCUUUUCAGAGCCGGUGGAAGCUCCAGAGAGACCUCCAAAGCCCCUGCCCAGACGGAUCAACUCUGAACGCCGACACAGCCCCGUCCCCCCUGUCCCCGCUCCUCCUUGUAGCGGGGCAACAGGAGGAGAAACCAACCCUCAAAUCAGCAGUGAGAUUGAGCACCUCAUGAGUCAGGGAUACUCGUACCAGGACAUCCAGAAAGCACUGAUGAUUGCACAGAACAAUAUCGAAAUGGCCAAGAAUAUCCUCCGUGAGUUUGUCUCCAUUCCCUCCACCGCGCAUGUUCUCACAUAGCACACUCCUCGUGCCUCUCUCUCGUGUUUGCUCUCUCGCCCUAGCUUGGCCCAAGCCUGGUUUGGGUGUAGGUUGGCACAGCCCAGCCUGAAUCCCAAAGCUCAUUGCCUGCAGCACUCGCUCAGUGCUGGCUGAUGCCCUACGCCCCCCCCUGCCCCCCCCCCUGUGGAUUUUUAACUGGCUUACAGCACCUCUGGGAGGCCUCGCCCUGCACUCCAUACGCUUUCAACAGUGUCUGGCCUCCUUCAAACUGAUACAGUGGGCCUCUUUGUUUUCAAGGACAUCUCUUGAUGGAGCGCGUGUGGAACAAUGAUGGGACGCCACAGGACGCAAGACUUUCGUAGGAAUCCUGGGAAGACAGAUUCUUAUCUUUCAUGUUGAAGCCUCUUGCUGAAAAUGUAACCAACACCUCACAAAUAAAACUAAAAAUGUAUGUCCAUAUGAAAUUUAAUAUAUAAGUAAAUAUAUAUUAAAUGUGUGUAAUAUAUACAGUACGUGCAUAUACCAUGUGUAAAAAAUGACUUCAGCUUUGAGGGUCGCUGUUGGUACAGGCAAUAUGGGGUAGAUAGGGACCAGAUUGACGGGGGGGGGGGUUGCCUUUUAAGGCGGACGGAGGGAUUUGAGAGAACAUGUGAGGAAGAGGGAGAGUUCAGGUGGUCUCUUCAUGGUCAGCAGCAGCUAAGAGAAGAAGAAGCAAAGCUUUUUCCAGAUGAAUUCAGUCUGUUCUGGCCUUUUGAUUAACGUUGCUUUGGUACGUUUUCUUUUUCUAGGACAAAAAACAAAAACAAAAACAGGCUUACUUUGUUGUGUUGUAUUUUUCAAAGUAGCAUAAUGAUGGUUUCUGGUCUGAUGUGUCUGGCAGUGUGUGAGUACGUAUGAGAGUGUUUUGUGUUGGUGUGUGUGUGUUGGUGUGUGUGUGUGCCAGACCUACUCCUCAUGUCCUGCUCUUAAUGAACCCGUGUUCCUGUACAACAUGAAUGUGGUUUUACAGUCCAUAUACUCAGACCUGUGCUCUGUAAACGUACAACUGCUCUCUUCCUGCGGUAAGGCAGAGUGUAGCUGUAGAGCCUGACAGUGAGAUUAUUAGAGGACGUGCAAAUGCGGACGAUCCUGCAGUACCAGACAGGCUAGUGUUGUGUGAUCCGUGUGGGCUGAAAUGUUUUUCUGUCUUCGUCUAACGUCACUGGCUGGCUGGUUUGGAUUUCUGUCCCCGGCUCAGUCCAGUAUGAAACAAAAAAGUAAUUGAUUUUCUUUGGUAAUAUAUUAUUGUAAUAUGGUCAUAAAUAUUGUUAUUAUAAUUAAUUCAGAAGUGCUUCACUGCUGCUACUAUUGUUAGUGCUAAACAAUUACGCCUUAAAUGUACAUUUGUGAAUAUUGUGUUUAACUGCAUUCUCUUUCUUUAAAGUGACAGUAUCACAAUUCUUCACUUCGUAAUGUAGCAUACUUGAAAGUACAAGCAGCUUGUGAGCCUGCAGCCCUCUCAAGCUGUCCUCUCUUCAGUGUUUUAGACCUUUAUUUUAUAUAUAUUCUCUGACUCUCUCAAGGUCGACUCAGCAAAGCAACAGCAAAAAGCAAAUAAAAUGUUCUCCAUGUGGAAACCAGCCAUUGUCUAGCAGAUUCAGCCUCCUCUUUCAUGUCAAUUUCACUUUCUCAGCAGGGGUUCCCCUCCACUUGAAAGGGAGUGAUUGCUGAGGUUUAUUUCUUUCUUUAAGUAGGCUCAUGGGUUUGCCGGCCCAUCCCCAAAGUCUACAUUGAAAUCAGUAUUUGGGCCAUCUAUAAAAACUCACUCAGGAAUAAUGUUUUGCUUAAAAAAAAAAAAAAAAAGUAACGUUCAGCCUGGCAGUCAUAAACCAGAGGAGAAACCAGCUCACCUGAGAUGACAUGUAGCCAAAAGUAUCCGCUUUAUGAAGUCACACAAGUAGCCUAUUACCUUUUUUUCUUUCAUCAUAACUUGCACAUUGUUCGUAUUGUUUCCAGCAUUGGCAGGACAAGAGACAGCAGAUUCAUUUUCAGGUACUAUGAAUGACAAAGAGGAAUAAAUCCCAGGAGCGUUUAGGUACAUUGACAUGAAACUCUCCCAGUAUAUGAAGAAUGUUUUUCUGGGGGGUGUAAAUUAUGUCGAUAGCUAAUCAGCCCAAGCUUUUUUCUGAGAAAUGCUGCCUGUUGAUGGAAAUCCAUUUCCGCACUGUCCAGCCAUCCUCUAGUUUUUUCUGCUCGUAGUUGCCUUGAGAAGCUUGUUGAAUGAUGGUCGAUAGAGGAGGUCCCCCGAUCCUCGAAGCCGUACCAAUUUGUUGAUGUCUUAAGAGAGCAUGUCAAGUAAUCAUCUUUUUUAUCUUGUUAUGGCACAGUAUACCAGUUUGUGCUUAGAUACUGUCACUCUAAAGAAGAGCUAAUUGUAUAAAGUUAGUGAUAUGAAAAGAAAAUGUGCUGUUUUAUUUUCUUUUUGCAUUCCUGUACAUGUAUUUUGUUCCAAAGGUUUUGUUUACUUCUGUGAAUAAUUCUAUGAGCAGUGCCAUAAGUUUUAAAGAUGGUCACCGUGUUUGGAGUCAGGCCUUGGUCUUGAAGAGUUCGUAGGUGUUGAUCUCUGAAGGCCAGAUUUGUGCAGUAUUGCUUGAAUUAAUCUGUCCUCUCUGCCUUGUCAGCCGUAUCAGACCUCUGUGAGCACCAGAGCUAAUCUGGGAAAGGUGUCAAUGUAAACCUGAUCUCAGACCAGCACUCAGCCUCAGAGAUGCCAGAUACGUACCAGCCCCAGUUACCCCUAGUCCCUUUGUUGGGGUACUUCAACUUUCUGCCAGAAGAGGGAGCCGCUGUUCCAUGUAGCUGUGUUGCUUCUCGUCAGUAAAUGGCAUUCAUUAACUUUUUGAUGGUUUUUAAAGCUCAUAUCACUUUGGAAGUAUGCACAGUGCUGUUAAUAAAAUGAUAAGCAGAAA